AAAAAUGAACUAUGAUAUUAUUGUCACAACUGAGUGUUGGCUUUCCAAAAAUCCCUAUAUACCUACUUACUAUAAACGGUUUCUCUUUCCAAAAAUCUAGUAAUCCUUAUAACUGAAACGAUGGAGUCACACUUUAUAUAAAUAAUGAAAUUUCUAACGUUACUGUCUUUGAACCUCACUUUGAGGAUGCUAGUUGCUUAAUAGUGAAAAUUGGUUAGUAAUUGAUGGCAGUAAUAGCCAUCUAUCGCCCCUGUGAAUUUAUUAAUACCCCCAACUUCUUUCGAUUCGAUCACUAGAGAAAAUACUGUAUAGUUUGAGAUCAGUUCAGCAUAUCGUUCAUACGGGAGACAUUAAUAUAGACAUAGUUCCAUCAACUCUUGUGAAAAAAUAUUAGAAUAUCUUAACCUCCUUGCAGCAAACGGAAUUCUAUCCCACACCUUGCCUACUCGAAAUAAUACCUGUUUGGAUUAUUUCUGUAUAAAAACUUCUUACCCAGCUACAACACUAAUCGUUAAUUCAUCUGUAACUGACCUUUACGCUCUACUCCUCUCUCUAAAAAGUAAAAAACAUACUAGUACUACUAACACUUUGAACAAAAUUAACCACAAAAUGUCAUCAGAUGAGAUCUCAAAAUACGACUUUUCUCCUGUUCUUACUUCUACUGAUGCAAAAGUAGCUGCCGAGACCUUAACUGAUGCUCUACGUGUUUUAAUACAGAGCAAUACUACCACCAAGUUCUUACCUUAAUGUAAAAGACCUAUAUGGGCCUGGAUUAAGCCUGGUCUAUUAAGAUUUAUUAGAAAUAGGGAUCGCCUACACAAGAAGUUUAAAAAAUCUCCUGAAAAUGAAACGCUCAAAUCUACUUACACCAGAUAUCGCAACUUCCUUGCCACCUUGAUAAAAAAAAAUCAAAAGAGCCCAUGGAUCUUUUGCGUAAGGCUGGGAAAAACAACUAACGUCCAUGGGAGUAAAAGAUGUAUCAUGCCUAAAAGAAGUUGUCACUCUUCGGAACUGGCUCUUGAUGAAACCAAUAAAUACUUCAUAAAUAUAGGAACAAAUUUUGGAAGGUCCUUAACCGGCGCACGCCUGCUUCCGAUGCAUGGGAAGGGGGCACGCGGCCGCUAGGUGCCUGGUGAAGGAGGACCGAAGAAGAAAGGAUAAAAAAUAUAAUAUAUGUAUUAGUGUAAACAAUAAACUUAUUUAUAUUAUAUGUAAACAUGUUAACUAUUUAUGAUGUGCUACAGCUAUAAAUUCUGCGCUCGGCGUGUUCUAGAUACAAAGUACACGCUGACGCUACACAGUAAUCUGUGGCUACACUAUCAACAAGCUCUCCGUUUCUUUGGUAAAACAACAAUUUUAUUAUUCCAAACAUUUGCCAAAAUAUCUUGACUGUUUCGAUAGUACGAUAUAUAUCUAGAAUAACAUAGUGAGCUUGGUAUAGGUAAUUAUGGUGUAAUAUUGACUAUAAUAAGAUAUCGUAAAAUUUUGUAUAAUUUUAAAGGUAAUUUGAAUGCAGUGCUUUAAUAAUAUUUACACAAUGACUGCAAUAUUUUAUGGGAUAACUAACCUACUCUGGUGCAACUCGCAUUAUACAAGAUGUCCCAAAAUUUUACCACAGGGAAUGUGGUUUGGUUCCUUUUUAAAAUAAUAAUGAAGUCUUCCUUCAGCAAAUCUACAGUUAUUAUGGUAUUUUCUUCCGUGUGGCAAAGUUUUACGACAACUUGUAUAUAUUAUUAAUAAACUCCAGCGUCACCAACUUACAAAAAUACCGAACCGAAAGUCUGUAAUCACUCAGUCACAACUAAAAUAGUGUUGUACACCGCAAUUGAAAUAUGUAAAAUUGUUACCCAAAACGCCUAUUGUUACAUUUUUGUAAUAUAUUUUCAUGUAUUAUUUUUUUUUUAAUAAUUAGUUUAACUAAUAUAUUUUUUGUCACUCAGAAUAGUAACUAUAUCAUAAUAAUUAUGUAUGUAAAAUAGCACUGCAGUACGAUUUAUGACCUUGGAAAUGUCAAAUUAAAUGAACGUUCAUUCUAUAUUGAGUUCUACUUGUUUCUGUUUAGUACCAUUGUAGCUAACUAAUAAUAUUCCGAGAUCCAAAGGUUUUGUUGUUGUUUUAGUAACUACUCGAUUUGUUAACUGUGUCGUAGGUGAGUGCGUUAUAAUUCCGUCGAGGUCCGGUAAGAAGAACUUCUUAAUGCUGGACGGGUAUGCAUUCUCCCAGAUCAAUUGUUCUGCCCGAUGGGUUUGUUCCUCUACACACACCAAUCAAUGUCCCGCGCACGUUCGAUUCAAAAUAGAUGCGCAGGAGCGCCGUAAAGUGACCAGAGUGAACACAAAACACACCCACCCCCCACCCAAGUAUGUUUGGAGAAACGGCGGGUAUUAUGAAUGUUAGAAUAUUUCAUAUACUCGUACUAUUAAAUAAACCUAUGGUUGGUGGACAGUGGCGGACGAGUAAAGCGUUAACGACGAUAAUGUAGGAGAAGGAGAUUCGUAAUAAAACACUGUAAAUAUAUAACAACAAGUUGUUUCUGUACACUUCACAAAAUUGUUUAAAUAUCAACUAUUAUUCAUAUGAUUUUAGUGCUUUAAAAAUAUUUACACAAUAAUUGCAAUUCUCUAUGGCAUUAGUAUCCUUCGUACAACUCGCAUUAUACAGGCUGUCGCAACAUUUUGCCGCGUGGAUGCAAAGUACCUUAAAUACUUUACAUAAACAGUUUAUAUGAAAGAAGACUUCAUUUUAAUGUUAAAAACGAUAAGAACUGCAUUCAAAGAAUUAAAACAAUCUCCCAUCCAAUUUUUUAUUAACUUCAGCGUCACCAACUUACAAAAGUAUAUACCCCAAACCGAAAGUCAAAGUAUAAAGUCACUAUAUCACAUCAAACAUAGAGUUGUACACCGAAAAUGAAAUAUGUAAAAUUGUUGGUCAAACUGCCUUUUGUUAAUUUUUUGUAAUAUUUUUUAUGUAUUCAUUAAUUCAUCAAAAUUUGUUUGAUUAGACAUAUUGUUUGUCAAUUAAAUUAGUAAGUGUAACACAAUAAUGUAUAACAUAGACUAAUGAACUUUUGGUUGGUGGACAGUGGAGCACGGGUAAAGCGUUAAACACGAUAAUGUAGGAGAAGGAGAUUCGUAAUAAAUGUAAUAAAAUAAAUGAAAAUAUAUAAUGUAAUUAUGUAAGUAUCACUGCACAACGAUUUAUGAGCUUGGAAAUGUAAAAUUAAAUAAACGUUCACCUAUGUUGAGUUCUAGUUGUUUUGUAUAGUACUGUUGUAAAAGUUAACUUAGGAAAUUCCAAGGUACAUAGGUUUUUUGUUGUUUUGUUACUACUUGAUUUGUUAACUGUGUCGUAGAUGAGUGCGUUAUGAUUCCAUCGAGAACCGGUAAGAAGAACCUUUUGAUGCUGGACGGGUACACUUUCUCCCAGAUCAACUAUUCUUCCCGGUGGGUUUGUUCGUCCUCGCGCACCCAUCAGUGUCCCGCGCGCGUUCGAUAUGGGAUAGAUGAGCAAGGGCGAGGUAAAUUGACCAGAGUAAAUACAGAACACACUCACCCUCCACCUAAGUAUGUGUGUAGAAACGGCAGGUAUUAUAAAUGUUAAAAUAUUUCAUAGACUCUUAAAUGAACUCUUGGUUGGUGGUCAAUGGCGGACGGGUAAAACGUUAAGCAUCUUAAUGUAGGAGAAUUGUAAUAAGUAAUUAAACACUGUAAAUAUAUAUCAACAAGUUGUUUCUGUACAUUUCACACAACUAAUUAAAUGUCAACUAUUUCAGCGAUUUGAAGAAUAAUACUCAGGUGCCUACUCGAUUUUGGUGUCAAUGAGGAUUCGUAACGAUUUGAAUUGAGAAUGCAGAUUUAUAAGACUAAGGAUUCCAUAAAAUACAGUAGUUAAAUUUUUAUUCUAUGACAAAUAUUGACAUAGUUAUGACCAAAUUACUACACGAAUUUUCGGCUGGCCGCGUGGUGGCUGUGACGUCGCAG